AUGACGAGUAAUAAUAUCUUUGCAAAUAGUAAUCCAUUGGAAGAUGGUGAAAUUGAAGAUGAUCAAGACGAAUUUCACAAAGAUGCAUCAUUGUGGGAAUUUUUCGAGAAUUUGAAAUUACCUGCUAGUCAUCAGGAUGAACGAAAGCAUGGAAAGGAUCGUGUUAUUCAUGAAGUUCAGAACACGCUUACUGAACCCGCCAAACUACCAUCUAGCUCAUAUGUGGUAGAAAAUUUGGAAGAAAAUAAUAAAAACGCGCAUUUAUCUUUUUUUGACAUAAACAAAAGCAGUACUAUGCCACAAUCGAUAAAUUACGAACCUGAAGAAGGAGAAAUUGAUGAUAAUAUUGAUUUCAUUAGUACUACCCACGUAGUGCCAAAAAAUAACGAUACUUGUGAACAGUUUUCAUUGCAACAGAGCUGGACACCAUUCAAACAAAAUCCAUUUCCAGACGAUAAAAGUACGAGGAACAAUGUUGUGCAGAGUGGAAAAAAUAAUCACAUACUUCAUCAACUUCCUACACCAUUGAAAAUAACAGUACCUAGUGACAACCGCAAUGAUCGCUCUCAUUGGAUGAUAGAUAAUCAGCAAAAAGUCAUAGCACCUGCCGAUGAUUCUCAUGCGAUCAGUUCGACUGGAAAAAGACCUUCGUAUACAUUUGAAGAGCAGCUGCAUCGACUCCGGUUGCGGGUCGAAGAAAGAAAAUUUUCGAGAAAAGCUGAAAGUGUGGUUGAUAAUUACGAUCAAGUUACAAUGGAUGUUACAGAGAGUGGUCGAGGUUCACGCAGCCAAUCCUCGCCAACAACUUUGCCUAUCAUAAACACCAGUAAAGUGCAAAUUUGUACUGAAGUGCUAUCAUCUGAUAAUGAGGAGGAUGUCGAUCAGUUGCGCGCCGCUUUAUUGAAGCAGAUUAUGCAACGAAAAAGUGGCCUGAAAUUGUCGCCACUAAAAUCAUCUCCUGAAGAUGGGGAAUUGAGUACAGAAAAAUCAGAAGUUAUUGAUGGUACAAUGGAACGAGCAAGUUCUGGUUACCAGAUUGGUAGACGUAGUUCCAAAAAAUUAAUACCUAGUACUGGACAAAGUCGGAAAUCGUUAAAAAUUCGUAAGUCUCAUAGAAAGAAUAAUCGUUGUUCGAGUGACUCUGAUGAGGUAUGUUCUGCAAAUCAUCGAUCUAGUUUAACGAAAAGGAAGAAGGAUAGUUUGAGGGAUGGUAAUUGUAAAAGAUUACGAUAUCAGUCAAGGGAAGAAUUAGGAGAUGAGUCACAGUCAGUGAGCAGAAGAGCAAAAGAUUGGGAGCAAAUGGUGAAUCACGAGAAGAAAUUCUUGGAGGAAAUAGAAAUGAAGUUGAAGCGUUGUAAUGACCAAAAAAGUAUCAUGAAAAAAAUGCGUAACGACUUACUAGAAAAAGCAAGCUGUUACGCCCGUAAACUUGGUAUUGUGGAGGCAGAAAUACAGGUUCUGCGAUGCAGUCAAGAAAAAGUGAAGGGUCGACUGUUUUAUUCGCAAAAAAAGUUGGAGAAAACAUUGUUUGGCGCAGGUUAUAAGGAACGUAGGAAAGAAUUCGAGAGAGAACCAAAUAAAAGAUUGGUUCGAACAGUGGAGGGAAUGGAAUCCAUAAGCGAAGACGAAAUAAUUGAGGAGCCCCAUAGUGUUAUACAAAACACUGAGUCUGUAAAGGGUACUCGGAUAUCGACUCAAAGUCCUGGGCAUUCAGGUUCGUUAACAACCAUUAUGACAACAGACUCAUCUCAUGAUCAAGAAGAUUAUGUUUCGGGACCUACAAGUAGCGAUGAAGCACGCCUUUCAGAAACCGAUGUUUCCCAGGAAACGGAUGUCAUAGAGUUGUCAGAUUCGAGUAAGUCGAUGAGUGGUGUUGUUACAGCACUACGUGAGUUGGUGUGGGAGCAGUUGUCAUCACAGUUUGUCGUAGAGAAUGUGAAUGUUGAUCACUCUAAUGGUCGUGAGCAGAAUAUUGCAGAAACAAAAAAUAAUAUGAAACUUAGCGAGAAGGACAGAAAAGAACUUUUAGAUAAUCCAUUGUUCAUGUUCAAAGGAUAUCGUAUUUGCUCUUCAUUUCCUUAUCAUCUAAUAGCUCAUCGAGCUCUGUCAAACAAGUUGGAUCCGUUUAAACCGCUUUGCUUUUAUGAAUUGUCAGGAAAGUGUGCAGAUACUGCCUGUUCAUUGCAACACGAGAAAAAUUACUUAAUGUCUGAUGAAGAAUUGAUAUGUAGCAUUUUGGCCCAUUAUCCAAAUCUUUGCCCACCGGAAAUGAUGUUCGUCGAAUAUGCUCGUCAUUUACUAAAAGAACAACAGUCUACAUCUGUUGGUGCAAUUAUUAAGAACAUGUUGCAAAGCAUUCCGGAGACAGAACGUGAGAUUAGAGUAUGUAGAUUGACGACCACUUCGCUUGAAUUUCACUCUGAAGCAUGUCAAGGUAGCUUUUUGCCUAGAUUUUUUCGAAAUAUUGUAUUUUAUCAUGAGCAAAUUCGAUAAUG